AUGACUCUCGUCACCGUGCACGACCAGAUUCUUGAUUGGAUUCUCACGGGGAGGCAUAUCAUUCGGACAGAAUACAGCAAACCCAACAGUCAUCGACAUGUGGUGACGCGGGACGACUCAGCCCUGCCCUCCGAUGACGACCCUCUUAUACCAACAUCAGCCGCUAUUGACCUCGUCUUCAACGAGGGUCUAGCGACAUGGACCCGCUUUGUCAGAUCAGCUGAAUCGCUCCCUCCUCAGGCCUUCCCGGCGGGAUUUGGAGAUCCUUACAUCAUGUUGAGGAUGAAGGGCUGGCUGAUUGGGCGGCCGCUGUGGCAUGUACCGGAUCCCGAGCACGGCGACCGCGUCGGCAACGACUCGGAGCCUCUUCCGUAUUUGCAAUACCUCCAUGGCGUCCGAAAAACCUUCCUUCUCUCUUAUCUUAAAGCAAUUGAAUGCCGCGUUCUGUCAUCUCCCGCAUCUCCCAGUCAAGGUCAUGGCCCCUGGGCUAGCCAAAGUGCCCUUUCGCUGUUGACCAUGUGCUGGUCAUAUAUUCUCUCCGCUCGCCUUCUGGAAUUGCAGGGCAAAAAGGUAGUGUACCCCCCCAGCUCCCUACUGCCCAUCACUGUCAAGCCUUCCCGGCCCAAGACCUGUGAUGUUGUCCUCGACUUGUUGGGUGCAUCCCCGUCUCGCAAACUGGUGAGAUGGCUCUGCGCAAUCCUUUCACCGAAACUCGGCUGGGCGGCGAAUGAGGGAGACUUCCCGCUGUGGGCUGCCUUCUGUUCUGGUGAUGCGUGUUUUGUGAUCGUUUCUGUCCACGAACAGGCAGCCCUUUCAAACGAACAGCCCCCGGAUUCAUUCGAGGCAACCGAAUUGCUCAUUGAACUAUGGCCUAGGGACAGGCCUGGAGAGAUCUCACCUUCUAUAGCAGCAUCCUUUGCAGCGCUGGCCCUUCCAUUUUAUCGCCAAAUCCAUCUGAUUCCGCAGUUCGUCUUUCCCACACUUGAAAGUGGCAGCAGGAACAGUUUUACAACAGAAGCUUCUCAAAUUCGUCAGUACACGGCCGACCUUCGCUAUUACAUGACACUGAGCAUGCACCCGAGGUCCCCAGAUAUCGAGACCAAUCUUCUUCUUCUCGAGUCCCGCAAUCUGCUACAGCUAGCAAAAGUGUUUGCAGUUCGCCGGCCCAGGGUUGCCUCGUGGUGGCCAGGCAUUUUCCUUCUGGGCGACACUGCGAUUCUGGACUGGAUCGCUCGCUAUCUGGAAACACUCGAAGAGCGGUGGGCAGCCUGGACUGGGUCGCCCCAAUCAUUCUUAGACGUUGAAUCGUCACAGCGCUAUACGGAUCCCAAGGAAUUGGUCCACGAAUCAUCUCGCACCUUAUCAUGGCGUCCGUUCGGCACUAUUGGCAAAGAGUUUAUCGAACCAGAACUCUGGCCAUGGCUGGAACGUGGCCACGCCAGAGAGCAACACUUCGUUCACAACAUCCAACUGGGCUUCCGCAAGGACACGGGCAGGUUCGUUUCGGAUGUUCCUGACUGCUUAGACAAAGUACCUGCCAAACGCCCAUCAGGUCAUAGAGGUGAUAUUAAACUCGAACCCUCAAGGGCCUCUACUCUUCGCAUGAUACAUUAUUGCAUGGAAGAUGUCGGUGGAGACAGAGAUAUAAGCAUUCUGGCUGUGCCUGGGGCUACAGCCACCCAUGGCUAA